UCCUCUAUCACUUGCGCUGUUUGGUUGUGGCCGUUUACUUGGACCAUGGACCCUGCUGCCUUACUUGACCCGCGAGGUGCGCGCAGACGAGCCCAAAAACAGCAAAACUCGCUGCCCGUUCCCACCACUGCACAACAACUGCCAUCGCAACCUCGGCAGCAAUAUGCGUUUGAUCCACGUGCUCUUCUAAACCCCAAGCGACCCGCGGGAGCACACGCAGAUCGCGGCCGCGAAGAUGCAACUGAACACGGCAGCGGCCAGUUCAACCUCGUGGAGCGAAUUCACAAUGUCGCCGAGCGCACUGCAUCUCCGGCCAAACGCCCUCGGGUUGAUGACCCCAACGAGCAGAACAAGAAAAUCCAGAUUCGGAACGGAGGGAGUGGCGGCGCUCUUGAUCUAACACAGAAGCAAGGUUCCAGCAAUGUUUCUGCUUCGGGCCCAGCUGCCGCCAUCGAUCUUACGAUGAGUGACGAUGAAGACAAUGAGGUACAAGUAGUGCAAGACAACUCUAACCAAGUGAUUUGCAUCGGAUGCCCUAAGAAUCUGUACGUUCAAACUCAUGUUGUCCCUUACCCGGACCCGAAGAAGUAUUCGGGAAACACCGGUCAUCGUGGUCGUAUCAAAGUCAGUCUCCGCCAAGCUGCUGCGGUUGGUCUAGCAACAGACAACGUGAUCAUGGUCGUGGAUCCUACCAAUCGAGAAUUCGGUAGAAUAGAUCGCAUCUCUGCAAAAUGGCUUGCGCCUCUCAUCAACAGCGCUAGGAGCACCGGGCUCAAAUGGAUGGUGUGGACUACACCCCGGAAUAGGAACCAGGACGAUGGCCUCCCAGGAUCUCCUAGCAGCGCGUUGAUCGGCUUGACCAUGCAGUUGUACUGCCCUCGCAAAGUUGCCCAGGACAUUGGCAGGAACUUUGUGCAUUAUAAGGUAGCUCUCGUUCCGCCUUCGUUCGACAAAGACUCAUAUGACUACUACAACCCUAUUACUCAUGAACAUGUGCCGGCGGAUACUGGUCACGUCGGCUUUCAAACACAUGCAUACCAUGCACACCAAGCAUCAGCGGCUGGCAGCGGUAACUAUGUCAUGCGAUCUGUCGAAGAGAUUCGCAACGACGUCCAGGAUGUCUUCGAUAAAAUGAUUAAUAGCGAGAACAUCGAAGUACGCAAGGCCUCACCAAUGAUAGCGACCAAGCUUUAUAAGCACCAGGAGCAGGCAUUGGGAUUCAUGUGGAACAAAGAGCAGGAUUUCCAAGACGAUGAUGGUGAACGGGAAGGUUCCCUGUGGAAAAUGAAAUACAAGAGAACGGGAGAGAAAUACUACUUCCAUGUCAUCACCGGCGAGGAGAUUAACCACAAACCUCAUGUCUGCCGUGGCGGCAUUCUAGCUGAUGAGAUGGGUCUCGGCAAAACGCUGAGCAUUCUCUCGUUGGUUGCUGAUACCGACUCUUUGGCCGCCGCCAAGGCGUUCUCUAAAAAGGCUCCCCCGCCUCGUUCUGGCAUUGCAAACAUUGUGAACAGCCGCGCUACACUGCUUGUGUGUCCUUUGAGCACCAUGUACAACUGGAAGGAUCAACUGGAGAAACAUUUCCCUGUGGGCAAGAGCUUGAAGUGGACCAACUAUCAUGGAAAAAAUCGCAUGCAGCUCAGUCCCCACCAACUCGCUGAUCACGAUGUGAUCAUUACCACUUAUAACAUGUUGCAAUCGGACUAUCAAGAAAAGAAGGCACCGCUGGCAUAUGUUCACUGGUUUAGGAUUGUUCUCGAUGAGGCACACGCCAUUCGCAAUACAAGCACUAAGCAGUCCAUUGCGGCUUGUAAUCUGGCCGCGGAGCGGAGGUGGGCUGUGACUGGCACUCCGGUACAAAAUCGCCUUGAGGAUCUCGGCGCGCUGUUUCGGUUUCUGAGACUUCGCCCUUUCGAUACGGGCCCGGGUUUCAACCAGCAGAUAAUCACGCCAUUCAAGAACGCCGACGUCGAGAUCGUGUCUAAGCUUCAACUUUUGGUAGGCUCCGUCACUCUGCGCCGCGUCAAGAAGAACGUCUUGGAGGUGGAGAUCCCAGCUCGGAAAGACUCUGUUGUUCGGCUCAAGUUCUCUCCCGAUGAGAAGCGGUUGCAUGACUGGUUUGAGUCGGAUUCCGCACGCAAGGUCAAUGCUGUGACGUCAGGAGAGAAGCUGGGCGGUAACUCGUAUGCCCGCAUUCUCACUGCCAUCACCAACCUCCGUCUUAUUUGUGCACAUGGCCGAGACUUGUUGAAUGAAGAAGCUCUGAAACUCACUGAUGGUAUGAGCUAUGACAACCCCAUUGGUAUCGACGAAGAGGGCGAGAUUGAUAUGCACCCCGAAUUGAAUCGUUCCAAGGCGUAUGACAUGCUCGAGCUGCUGGAAUCCACCGGUGGAGCUACUUGUCAGUAUUGCGCAGAGAGCAUUGUCGAUGGCUCUGAUGAUGACGAGGAAGAAGGAGGCCAUCAGGUGAUGGGUUGGAUGACCCCGUGUUACCAGGUCGUGUGCAUAAAGCAUGGAAAGAAGCUCGUGGAUGACUUGUAUAAGCGGCAACCGAACCCUGACGUUGCUUACUGUCCAUUCUGCGACGCACCUAUCCGACCGGUACCGUACAAACUUGUGCGUGGCGAUUACGAGAACUAUCUCGAAGAGCGCGACCGCAAUCGGAAGAACCCUAAAAUGGCUAGGAAAAUGGGCGGGUACACUGGACCAUCCACCAAAACCAAGGCCUUGCUGGAAGAUCUGACUAUGCACAAAGCAUGGAGCACUGCUAAUCCUGAUGAGCCACCUAUCAAGAGCGUCGUCUUCUCCUCAUGGACCACUCACCUUGACCUCAUCCAACUCGCGCUCGACAACCACGGCUUCAAAUACGUCCGCCUCGACGGCCGCAUGUCGCGCGAAGCCCGCAACCGCUCCCUCACGAACUUUGACUACGACGACUCCGUCCACAUCAUCCUCGUGUCCAUUGGCGCCGGCGGUCUAGGCCUCAACCUCACAAAAGCCAACAAAGCGUUCGUCAUGGAGCCGCAGUUCAACCCAGCCGCCGAAGCGCAGGCUGUAGAUCGUGUUCACCGUCUCGGUCAGACGCGCGAGGUCGAGAUUAAGCGCUUCAUCAUGGACGGCAGCUUCGAAGAGAAGAUGCUCGACUUGCAGCGCAAGAAGAUGGCCCUUGCGGAUCUUACUAUGACCCGUGAGAAAGGCACGAAGGAGCAGGCGGCUAAGCAGCGUCUAGCUGAUCUGAGGAGCUUGUUUAAGUAA